AUGGCCUUGUUCUUAUUCCUUGAUGGAAACCAAGAGAUAUUAGAAGAGAUCAAUGGAACGAUAGAUUUCAGUUACGUACGGAUACUCAAAAUGAUGUAUGCUCAGCACGACGUUGUACGACUCCUAGCUGGCUCGGCACUUGCAGCAUUUGCGUAUAACAACAUAAGCCAACAAAAAGAGAUAGCAGAACAGGGUGGUGUGAGAUUCAACUGUUUUAUACCAUUUCUUCAAUCAUCAGAUGAAUUUUACAGAUGUAAUGCAGCAUUUCAGGUUGUAGUGCUAUCAAAGAUUAUACCAGAUGAGGAGCAGGCAUUGUCAUCGGCAACAGGUAUCAAACUUCUUGUUGACCUCCUUCAGGACUCGCAGUCAGACCAAAUACUUGCCCUGGCAUCGGACUGCAUAGCAAGACUGGCUCAUACCCGUGCUGGUGUACCUGCAGCAAUUAUAGCCAUUAAUGCGAUUGAGUUCCUCACAAAACUUCUGUUGCACCAGGCGGAGCAAGUGAGGGGUUGUGCAGCUAUCGCCCUCGGUUACCUUUCAUAUACACAUACCGCAGAGAGACAACUUCUUAACAAGUGA